AUGGAUGGAAAAUUGGAUGAUGUUAAAGUCAGGGAGGAGGCACUGCAGAAGACUGUUUCCAUGCAACCGGUCACAGCUGCAGUUGCAGGCAGAGGAAUGACAUUCCGACAUUACUCCAGUGGGAAUUCAUGGGGAGCAAACUGGGGUGAGGGUGGCUACAUGAGAUUGCGCAAAGAUGUUGGUUUUCCAGAAGAUCUUUGUGGCAUUGCCAUGUAUGCUUCUUAUCCAGUUGGAUAA